UUCUCUACACAUUUGGACAAAUUCAGGGCUUAGAGUUGUGAUUAACCCAUUUUCCUGUAGAAGUCACAGGAACAUCAAUAUACUUCCACACCAGUCUUCAUUCUAAAGGCCUGCACAGUGUUAGAGAAUAGAACAGAACAGAGUUAGAGCAAUAUAGCAAAAAAUCUUUUAUUAAGGAGAUAAGUCUCAGACAUAAUCAGGAGAGCAUCCAUAAAUACCAACAGGGUUGCUUAACACUUUCUGCAAUUCAAUUCUUUAGUUUUUUGUGUUACUUUGAGAGAAAUGCAAGUUUUCAUGAUCGAUGCUUUCAGGAGCUUCACAAUUUUUACACAGAGAUCACUACUGCCAAACUAUUCUGGAAUGGGAAUAUAUUUGGGUUUCUUGCUCAGUAUUCCAAAGGAGCUGUUAAGCUGUCUGUUUUUCUUGUGGAAGAAGAGCUAGAGAAAUCUAGUUUCCCAUGGAUGUUUGUACUGACAGUGUUCCCAAAUGCUGCCCACAGUAGCCCUUAAGAAAAUACACAACCAUUUGCUGCUAUUUGGAUGUUUACAUAUUGUCUCAAAUUGUUCAAAUUGGUGUUAACAUUUAAAAAUAAAGUAUAUGGUCUUGCUCACUCCAUCUGUGUUGCACUUGGAAGUAAAUCCUGGUAUAUUCAGAGUAAGGUGACUUGUCUGGCACAUUCACAGCUUCACAUAAUAAAUAUGAAAGAUUUGUGAUAUUAGAGCAUAGUAAUGAAAACAAGUGAGUGCUCAGUUAGGAAGCCAUCUGUGCUCAAAAUGUAUAUGCUUUGUACUUGUGUGUUGCUAAACAAUGAAAUUCCCUAGACAAGAUUUUAUAAGCAGCAGGCUAUGAGGCAUUAUAAUCCCUCCAAUUUGUACCUGCUUUUCUUUAAGGAAGAGGCAAAAUGUAUCUAUUCAGGUUAACUUUUAUUCAUUCCACUCAGCCUGGCUGACAUUUGUUUUGUGGCUAGGAAAUAGAGCACAGGUUCCCACUUGACUGUUAGUUACUGUUCCUAACUGUAGCUACUGGAGUAGCUGACAUUAAAAACAGUUACUAGUACAUGUUUUAUAUUGGUGUUUUUAAAAAAUAAAAGAGUGCUGUAUUACAGGAAAAUAAAAUAGCAGACAGACUACCCACAGCUACCUCCUCUGGCAUGUGCAGGAGAACAUGAGAUAGCAGCUCACUUCUGUUAAGGCAGCCAUCUGCUCCGGAGGAUGGGUUGAUCCUGGAGAACAUGCACGACGUGCCGUACACGGUGCGCCCGGGCCCGGAGGUCACCGCAGCCAUGGCAGUGCUCGGUGCUGCCGUGAGACACAGCUGUCCCCGUGUCCCUCUGGGGGUCCAGGUGCUGUGUGCUGCCAACCAGCAGGCAAUAGCCAUUGCUCUGGCUGCAGGUCUUGAUUUCAUCCGGGCUGAAGGGUUUGUGUUUUCUCACGUGGCUGAUGAAGGGUUUAUAAAUGCCUGUGCAGGUGACCUGCUACGAUACAGAAAACACAUUGGAGCAGACAACAUUCAGAUUUUUGCUGAUAUUAAAAAGAAGCAUAGUGCUCACGCCCUGACGGCCGACGUCGGCGUGGCGCAGACGGCGGGCGCGGCGCAGCUGUUCCUGGCUGACGGCGUGGUGCUGACUGGCACGGCCACCGGGCACCCCGCGGACCCCCGGCAGCUGCGAGAGGUUAAGCAUGCUGUGAAGAUUCCUGUGCUGGUUGGGUCCGGAGUGACUCUGGAGAAUGUGAGGGAUUACUUGGAUGCAGAUGCUCUGAUAAUUGGUUCCUAUUUCAAGAAAGAAGGCUAUUGGGCAAAUGCUGUUGAUCCUGACCGAGUCAAGAAAUUCAUGGAACACAUAAGUAAACUGAGGGAAUGAGUUUGUCAGCAAACACUGUCUGUUUGUGUUUGUUUGUAGAAAUGCAGUGUGGUAUUCCUACAGAAUUGAAGCACAAAUGUGUGGCCGAAUAGCAAAUAAUACCAAAUAAAAAUGCACAUCAUCUCCAUAACUAGCUGGGAAGCUUGGUGACAUACUUCACAAUGACCUGGUGCUCUGAUGAUUGCUUCUAGGCAGCACAUUUCUGUGGUGCUCAAAGCUACCAUCAAUGCAAAGCCAACUCUGAAGUCUUGUGUGAGAUAUUCUCUCCUGUAAGUUAAACAAGUUUAAGAAUUUUUAGAAAAUGUUCAUCACAGGUGAGCUGAGUUCUGUUUUGCCUUUAAGUACAAUAGGAUGCCCUAAGUUUACAGGUAAAAGUGUUGUAAAUUGGACAAGUUAAUUAGCCUUUCAGUUUCCCCAUCUGUAAAAUGAUGAUAAUAGCACCUACAUCACACAGGGGCCAUAAGACAUAAUGAAGGAAAGAAUGUACAGCACUUUCAUCUCUCCAAAUUAAGGGCUCUUUUAAAGUUCAAGAUCAUUAUUUUUUCAUUAGAAUUGUGCAUUUAUACAAUUGCUACAUUUUUUGUAAUACCACACAAAAAUUUAAGAUAAUUGGGGUAUUGAUUUACUUACAAUACUUAUUAGAGAAAAAAUGUAAAUAUUUAAUUACAUUUUAAGUAGAUUUGGAAUGUAGUCAAAAUGCUUUUGCAAAAACUGGAAAUUUUAAUAAAGGUUUAUUAUUUUUCAGCAA